CAUCACAAUCAAUUCACGAAAAUUAUAAACACUACAUACUACGUUAGUAGGUAAUUCACAUGUGAACUGUAAACCAAAUGUAGCUUAAAUCUAUGUCGAAAUUAUUUGAAAAUAAAAUGGACAACGACCAAGUAAACGAUUUCAUGCAUAAAAAUGGCGAUAUCGAAUGGCAGCCGUUAGCGCUUACUUUGGUUGAAUAUCCGAGAGGUGAUUUAAUUGGUAAAUUCUUUGCAUUCAUCAGUUUAUCUCCAUUCGGUAUUGGUGCUGGAUUUGUAACCUUAAUUUUGUUUCGUCGAGAUCUUCACACUAUAGCUUUCUUCUGUGGCACAUUAUUGAAUGAAGCAGUUAAUGCUACAUUAAAGCAUAUUAUUUGUGAAUCUCGACCAAUGACCAGAGGGAACUUGUAUAAUGAAUAUGGGAUGCCUUCGUCACAUGCUCAGUUUAUUUGGUUUUUCAGUGUAUAUGUUUUUUAUUUUGUUUUGAUCAGAUUACAUCACAUAAACAAUAAUAGCAUAAUAUCGGCCUUAUGGAGAGUUAUAAUUGUGAGUGGAUGUAUAUGCCUAGCUGGUCUUGUCAGCAUUGGAAGAGUCUAUUUGCAUUACCACACCACUUCCCAAGUAGUGGUGGGGGCUAUUGUAGGAAUUAUGUUUGCAACUAUUUGGUUUGCACUGGUUCACAGAGUAUUCACACCACUUUUCCCACAGAUUGUUGCAUUAAAAAUAAGUGAAAUGCUAAUGAUAAGGGACACAACGUUGAUACCGAACGUAUUGUGGUUCGAAUACACGACGUCACGUCAAGAGGCUCGCGCUCGAGGCAGGAAGCUGGCGGCCCUGAAACCGACGCAAUGACGGUGCGAGAGCGCGCGCGUGUCCGCCGCCGGACGGAGACCGCGCGCGUGACUGUACUUCGCCGUCGCGGCAUUCGCACUGCUCGGCGGCUUGUUGCUAACCAACAAUAAACCCGGUCGCGGACACUGACAUCGCCACCGUACCUCUCUCAGCUCUAUAAUAAGACUUACUUUCUACUACUACUACGACUACUUUUUCCUUCAGUCGAUCAUUGCUGAGCAUCGUGACGUGCCCUUCUGUGACUUUUUUUUGUAAUUUGUCGGUCAGUGGCGCAGUGAAGUGCGUGACUCAGUCUCGUGUCCAGUGUGCUUAGUGCAAGUUUUUGACGUAACAACGUCUUAUAAUUCGAUGGAGCCGGCUGCACGCACGAAAAAAUAUGACUCAUGCG